AUGCACAAUUCAGGGCAAACUCAAUACGAAGGAGGCAGAAGAAUCCGCAGAACCUCCACAAGCGAAGCUGACAUAUACGAACUGAGCAUAUCCCCAGAGGAGGGCUAUGCAUUUGAAGAAGAAUCUUCAGAGGUCUAUCCCCAAUUGGAGGAGAAGCCCAAAAAUAUCCUGAAAAUAACAGGUAUCACCAUUCUCUUGAUCGAAGCAGUUUUCUACGGGAUAAUAUCACACCCAGAGAUUUACCUGGGGAUAUUCCUUACUCCAGCCGUAGUGGCAGCUGCUAUGAAGAAAACUGUAAAAAAUCCCAUUACAGAACUAUGUCUUUUUUUUUCUCUUAUAGGGAUUUCUGCUGUGGUUAUAUUCCCAAUCUUCUGGUCUCUCUGGGGAACUGUUUACUCCGUCACAUGCUUCUUCUGGAUAUACGACAGUGCAGUGGACGUGGGAAUAUUCGAUGCUUUCCUGGCCUUAGCUGCAGGAGUAUCUGCGUUUGGCCUGGCUAUGCUUGAUAAGUUCUACGCGUACAUGGGGAAUGAGAUCGGCCUUUUCUUGGGGGUGCAGAUACUGAUGCUUCUGUUCGUUAUGGGGAGUUCUGGAAUUUUCUCAUACUUCGCAUGGAUUCUUUUCAUUAGAAAAAAGACGAGGGAAGGGGAAAUAGACUGGAGUUUCCUAGACGGAAGGGUGAGGUUCAACUUCAAUCCGGAUAUCUUGAACAGCACAGGCCCAAUACGUGCGAGGACUUUCCUGGGGGCAAAAAAGAAGACGAUUUGGACUUUGCUCGCUGUUUCUGCCGUGACGGGGAUGGCUCUAUUCAUUUCCUUCACAAGCAGGCAUGAAACAUUGGCAUUUUUCCCGUACUUCUCCGAGAGAACUCAAGUGUAG